AUGUUCGAAUUUUUAUUAUAUAUAUAUUAAUAAACCAAUAAAAGGAAUAGAAAAAUAAAAAAGAUAGAUGAAUAAAAGUAAUUGAAAUUAUUUAUUUAAUUAGAAAUAUUAAAUUAAAACAAGGUGUAUAAAUAAUUGUUCUGAUAUCUGUGUUAUAUUUAUUUAUUUAUUAUAAUAAUGUUUUUUAAGAAAAAGGAUUGUUUUAAUAAUUAAGAUAUUUAUUUAUUUAUAGUACUUCUUGUUUGCUUGAAAUCUUAGAAUUCAAAAAAACCAAAUCUGAAGAUAUCUUUAGAUAAAAUGUCAGGUGCAUCAUUGUGUAAAUCAGAUAAACUUCCUAGCUUCAAAUAUUCUCAAAAGAUUGUAUCUUCUAAUGAUAAAGUAUAUUAAUGAAACUACUCUUUUUGAUUUAGACUACUACUUCGUCUAAAAAUAAAGUUUAAAAUUUCAGGAUAACUUCUCAUCUAUCAAUCCUUCUAUUGUUUCUGAGGGAGAUAAGAAUGUAAAUUUGGUUUAAUCUAUAAUUGAAGUUGCUGUACAUCAUCAAUCUUAAUUUAUACAAUUCCUAAUCCAAGAAAAUUUGCAACUUAAAAAAUAAAAUUCAGAUAAAGAAAAAAUAAUCAUCAAAUUCUUAAUUAGAUUUUAGUAAAGAGCAAUUAUUUCAAAAUAUAGAAAGAAAUACAAAUACAUAAUAUUCAGAACAGUAAUAUUUAUAAUUAGAUGAUCUAGAAUAAAGUAUGAUUUAAAAAAGCGAACUCUCCUUUAGGGUUCACAUUUUGUAACACUGAGUUAGGGAAUAAUGUCAGAACAAUUUAAAGUUAGCUAAAGAUGUAAUCUAAUAACAGAGUCUCUAAGGAGUUUUAAAUUGCACUCAAUCAAAGAUAGUUUUACAUUUGA